AUGGCGACCGUCGGUAUUGAUUUAGGAAAUGCAUACUCUCGCGUCGGUGUUUGGAUAAAUGACGAUGUCGAAAUAAUUGUCAACAAAUGGGGUAAUCGCACAACACCGUCAUAUGUCGCAUUUACUGAUACAGGAAUUCUUAUUGGCGAACCGGCAAAAAAUCAAAUUUAUAGAAAUCCAUAUAAUACUGUUUUUGACAUUUAUCGUCUAAUCGGUCGUAAUUAUAAUGACUCUAACAUUCAACUUAAUUUGAAGCAUUGGCCGUUUAGAGUCAUUGAAAAAAAUGAAAAACCAUAUGUUUGUAUCAAAUAUAAGGGCGAAGAAAAAGAUUUUGCACCCGAAGAAAUAUUGUCCAUGAUAUUGGUAGAAAUGAAAGAAACUGCAGAAACUUUUCUUAGUACACAAGUUAAAAAUAUUGUAAUUACAGUACCAUCUUGCUUUAAUCAUUCUCAACGUCAAGCUGUAAAAGUUGCUGGAUUGAUUGCCGGUUUGAAUGUAAUUCGUAUCGUUGUUGGAUCAACUGCAGCGUCUAUUGCUUACGGGUUAAACAAGAUUACUACUAGAGAAAAAUGUAUUGUUCUUAUCAUUGAUUUGGGUGGUGGUACUUGUAAUGUCUCUCUAUUAGGUAUUAGAAAUGAAAUUUAUGAAGUAAUGGCUGUUUCUGGGAACAAUCAUCUUGGUGGAAAAGAUUUUGACAAUCGUCUUGUAAAUCAUUUUGUACAAGAAUUCAAAAGUAAAUUUAAGAAAGAUCUUUCUUCUAAUGAACGUGCUCUCUGUCGUCUAAGGGAGCAUUGUGAACGUGCAAAGUGUAUACUUUCAACAUCAACACAUGCUUUCAUCGAAAUUGCUUAUCUUUUUGAAGAUAUCGACUUUUAUACCUCUUUGACACGUACCAAAUUCGAAGAAUUAAAUCAAGAUUUGUUCCAACCGAUAAUGAAACUUAUUGAGAAAGUGUUUCAAGAUAGUGAAAUCGAUAAAAAUCAUGUUGGCGAAGUUGUUUUGGUUGGCGGCUCAACACGUAUUCCCAAAAUUCAAAGGAUGAUAUCUGAGUUCUUUAAUUACAAAGAAUUAAACAAAUCUAUUAAUCUUGAUGAAGCAGCAGUUUAUGGUGCUACCGUACAAGCUGCUAUUUUAUCUGGUAAAUUUUCUGGAAAGCUUCGAGAUUUUCUUUUACUUGAUGCUACCGCUUUAUCAUUAGGUAUCGAGACUCUUGGUGGUACCUUUAUGCCGUUUGUGAAAAGGAAUACCAUUAUACCUGCCAAGAAAAGUGAAAUUAUAUCUACGGAUUUUGAUGAUCAACCUAAUAUAUUGAUUAGAGUAUAUGAAGGUGAACGUACCCAAACAAGAGAUAACAACUUUCUUGGAAAAUUUGAGUUAUCUGGAAUUCAUCCAGCACCAAAAGAUGUUCCACAAAUUGAAGUUGCCUUCGCUAUUGAUGCAAAUGGAAUCUUAAUCGUCUCUGCUGUUGAUAAAUCAACUGACAGGUCAAGUGAAAUAACCAUCGAAGGACGAUUAUCAAAAGAAGAGAUCGAGCAUAUGGUUACCGAAACCAAGAAAUAUCAUGCUGAAAGAUGUAAAGUAUUAUAAAAUACAAUCAUUAAAUGGCUAGGGGACCUAAAUAUACAACUUACAAUAUACAACCAGUAAAUUUUUUCAGUAUAUUGAUUAAGUUUUAUCAUUAGCUUAAACUUGAAUAAACUUGAAGGUUUGUAAUAGUACAUUUAACGCAUUAGGAUACAUAAAUUUGGUCAUAAAAAUUUGAGUAGGAAUUCUGUUUAACUUGCAAACAUUUCCUAUGUUUUUGAAGUAGAAUGAUUCGGAAGUAGCAAAUAGCUUCAUAUAUCUAAUAUUUUAAAUUAAAAAAAGAUAGAAAUUAU